AUGAGAGUGAGACUGGAGAGUCGAGGGGAAGAAGUGACUGGGAUCCUGAAAGAUCUGGAAGCACGGCAGGCCGGUGCCAUGUCGCUCAAGAUAUCGCAAUCAACUGUGUCCGUACCUAGGCCCACUGCGUCUACGGUCCAACGCAAUGAGCCAAGCCGUGUUGGCGCUGCGGCCGUCCGUGGCACCCUUGGCCGCGUAAACAACAGGCUUGUUGAUGUCCCGUCGAUAGAGGCACAAGCUGCCGAACAGGGAGGCCUAGAGUUUGAUAAUGACAUAUUCGUCGAUGAGCUAGCCAUUCGGUCACCCUGUAAGCAUCGUCUUGGGCCACAUAAAUGGCGACAGAAUAGGUCGAUGGGCUCGCAAAACAAUCCGAAUGCUGGUCAUCCCCACGCUGAAUUAGCUCCUCACGACACGUCUAGUCCAGUAACGCCGGACGCCACGAAACGCCUUCUUUUCUUAUUCCAACAUCUCUCCACUUUCUCAUAUUAUUUUGGAAAGUUCUCCUUGGUCGACUGA